AGAGUUACAUUGCAGCAGGCAGUGAGCUCCUUGUUUCUUGCUCCGUUUCGGAGCCCCUCGCUCUCGCUCUCUCGUCUCGCCUGCUCAUUUGGCACGCUCGUGUUGACCUGUCCCGAGCCCAACCAAUCUGCCGCCGCCGCCGCAUCAGCCAUCGUUCUCUCCUCGCUCGGCUGUGCAGCCUGUGGGAGUUCUUUAAAACCCCCCUCGGCUUUCCACCCUUGUGCAGCUAGCUGCUAGCGCCCUCGACGACGACGACGCCGCCUCUCUGCCCCUCUCUCAGACUCCGCAAUGGCCAGGCCGCGCAAGAACGCCGGUACCGACGAGGAUAAUCCUAACGCCGCCACGGGCGUCAGCGUCACCGGGAAGCCGCCGAAGCUGAAGCGGGUGCGGAGGAAGGGCGAGCCGCGGGAGAGCAGCACCCCGUCCCAGCGCAGCUCCGCGUACCGCGGCGUCACACGGCACCGGUGGACGGGGCGGUUCGAGGCGCACCUGUGGGACAAGGACGCCCGCAAUGGCUCCCGGAACAAGAAAGGCAAGCAAGUUUAUCUCGGUGCGUACGACGACGAGGAAGCGGCGGCGCGCGCGCACGACCUGGCGGCGCUCAAGUACUGGGGCCCCGCCACCGUCCUCAACUUCCCGCUGUGCGGCUACGACGAGGAGCUGAGGGAGAUGGAGGCGCAGCCCAGGGAGGAGUACAUCGGGUCGCUGCGUCGGCGGAGCAGCGGCUUCUCGCGAGGGGUGUCCAAGUACAGGGGCGUUGCCAGGCAUCAUCACAACGGGCGAUGGGAGGCGAGGAUCGGGCGCGUGCUGGGCAACAAGUACCUCUACCUCGGCACUUUCGCAACGCAAGAGGAGGCGGCGGUGGCGUACGACAUCGCCGCUAUAGAGCACCGUGGCCUCAACGCGGUCACCAACUUCGACAUCAGCCACUACGUCAAUCACUGGCAUCGACACUGCCACGGCCCCUCCGACGACAGCCUCGGCGUGGUGGUGGACGACGUCGCCGCGUUCCAGCUACCAGAUGACCUGCCCGAGUGCCCGGCGGCCGCCAUCGGCGUCGAGGAGACCACGGGCGGCGACGCGGAAUUCCACAACGGCGAGGAGGGCUACCUGCAGCACCACACCAGCGGACCCUUCGGCGCGCAGCAGCAGCUUCCUGACGAGACGGGAGCGCUAGCGGCUCAUCAAAUGGCGCCAAAUUCGUCGGCGCUCGACAUGGUGUUGCAGUCUCCCAAGUUCAAGGAGCUGAUGGAGCAGGUCUCCGCGGCGGCGGCGGCGGUGGCCUCCGAGAGCAGCAUCGGCGGCAGCAUGAGCAGCAGCUCGCCGUCGCCGUCUUUGUCCUCGUUCUCGCCUUCGCCUCUGCAGCUGCCAUCGCCGUCGUCUUUGUCCUCGUUCUCGCCUUCGUCGCCUCUGCAGCAGCCAUCGCCGCCGCUGCAGCAGCCUGAGUUCGUCGAAGGAGCGCCGGCGGCUCGGUGCAGCUUCCCGGACGACGUGCAGACGUUCUUCGAUUUCGAGAACGAGAGCGACAUGAGCUUCAUGUACGCGGAGGUUGACACGUUCCUCUUCGGGGACCUGGGCGCGUACGCGGCGCCGAUAUUCCACUUCGACCUAGACGUGUGAUCUGGAUCGGACGGCUGGCGUUUAAAGACGCCGCGAGCAAUUUUUUUAAACGGCUUCAUAAUUUUUGUUUAUGAUGAUGACAUGACUACUACCAAGGUUUACUUGGAAGAGGUAGGAUUAGUUGACUAUUCUCGCCCCUGUUUCAAAUAGCUAGAAUGGGGAAAUAUGUUUCUCUUUUUUUUUUCAUUUUUUUCCACCGAAAGGUCAAAGGUGUACACGUCCAAAUGAAGGAACAAUAACUAAUCAACAUUAAUAAUAUGUAAAAGUAUAUAUGGGACAUGCUAUACUCAGAAAAAUUUCCUUUUUGCCGUUGAUGCA